AUGUCGACUCCAUCGAAUGUUGAAUCUGAAGGUGGAACAAUGACAAAUGCGACAUCAGGAAAUCAACAAGGUCAAAGUGGAUCAUCUGGAAAUCAACAAAAUCAAGGAAAUCCAUCGUCUGAAAGUCAACAAGGAAAACAAUCAAAUCAAAAUAAUUCAGCUGGAAUGGGUGGAGCAGCUAGUUCGAAUGCAUCAGGUGGUACUGAUCAUUUAGCUACGAAAUGA